ACCGUAUUGUAUGUAGUUGUUAAUAGAAACACUUGUCUUGGCUUGGCCCUUGGCCCUGGGGAAAACCAAAUGUCUAUUUUAAGAUAUUUUGAUUUCGUCAGUCAUGAGUAUUUCGUAUACGGUGGGUGGGAAAUCCCUAACUCACUCAAGGCAAAGGAAAGGGGUAGCAGAUCGAGAGAAAGACGAGAGAAACAGAGCUAAAACUUCAACAUUAUCGUCAACAAAAUCGCCAGCAACUGUUCAACGGCAACGCCAACGGGGAGGCAAGCGCAACUCGACGGGAGAGGAGCCCGGAAAUCGUAAGGCUGGAUCAGGGACAGGAUCUGGCGCUCAGCAGGGAGCUGUGGCUACAGUCAGAAAACCUCAUGAAACUUCCACCUCCGCCAUUGUCACGCUUUCUGACUUGAAUAAUCGACAAAGAAAAACUAAAACUCAGAGCGAUAUUGAUUCAUCACCCCACAAGAGCAGCAAUAAAACAGCAAUAACUGGCGGAAGAAAAUUAGGAAUAGGAGGUUGUAUUUCUGACUCGCAAAAGUCUCAUCAAUUUCAUGGACAAAUACUAGACAAACCAUUGCCACCACCUUCAAUUUCAAGUAGAUCUAGUAGUACUAGAAGUACACACCAAAGCAAAACUACCUCAAAGUCAAAUCAAUUACCGAGUGAUGUGAGUAGGACUUCAAAAAAUUCAAUCAAUUUGAAAACGGGGACUAGCAAUAUUAUUAUUAAUAAAACGAGAUCAACAUUGGGGAGAGGAAGAGGAUUGAAAGAUAGGGGUUCAUCUAGUGUUGGAACAAUGGCAUACAACAAUGGCAGAUACACAUCCAGCAGUGGUUUGUACUCUUCUAACUCUCAGCAAGUUGGCCAAGCUCGUUCAGGUGCAGACGACGGGCAUCAACAGCAGGCCCCUGGAACAUCAUCUCAGGGGAGCUCCCAGCAACCUCAGGCUCAGACGGAAAGCACUGCAUCAAGUUACAGUGUUAUUCCACCAAACUCUACAAAGAGGCAGCAGAUGCUGACUAAAUCUUCACAAGAAUUAAAGGCACUAGAAGAUUACAGGGCUGCCAAGAAACCAACCUAUGUAUCGGGAGAAGCUCAGAGUACAGGAGGACGUAAAAGCCUAGAGGAAGCAAGAUUGGCAAUGGAAAGGCAACACCGAAACAAGAAAUAUGAACAGAUUCUAAAGAAAGAAAAAAGAGAUAAAGAAAAGAGGGAAAGAGAAGCAAAGGAAAAUGAAGAGAAGAAAGCCAGAGCUCGUAAAACGGCCGAAGAAAAUGAGCACAGGAGAAAGGAGAGAGAAGAAAAUGUCUUGAAAAAUGACCAUUCCAGAACUAAUGAAACAUUCCUGAGAAAGCUGGAGACAGGAGCAAAACUAGAACAGAGUCAAACAUCAGUCUCGCAAAGUCCAGAACUUCAAGAGCUACUGGAGAUGUUUCCAAACAAGAAGCCUUCCAAGCUUCAAGAACUGCUUAACCUGACAGACAAUGAUGUGGAGAAAGUCGUAGACCUCCUAUUGGAUUGAAGAUGACAAUGGAUGGUGGAGGAUGUACAUACAUGUAGGUCUUCCAGUAGAUAUGAUUGACCCUACAGAAGACCUUAGACCUCUAAAAUGCAUGUUUUUUUCAAAAUGUUUUCUAGGUAUGAUGUAUAUUCAUGCAUUCAUCAUUCUCUUGAAGAUUCAGUGUGAUUCUUUUUGUUUACUAAGGAAAUUAAGCAAAUUUCCUGCAGAUGAAAUUAUGGUAUGGAUGGAAUUCCAUACAGUUGAGAUUGAUCGGAUCAAUCGAAACUGUUUGUAAGACAGGGCCCUGGCCCUUUGUCAUAGAAAUCUCAAUUGGGAAUGCUACUCUAAAGUUGCAUAGUGCCUCUUUAGAUGGUUUCAUGAUGAGUGAAGUGGCACAGAUUUAUUGACCUGAAUUUAGAAAGGUGGUUUUUUAUUCUAUUGUUAUAAACCAUGAUUUAUGGAUAUUUAAUCCACUAAAAGCGAGUUUUUGCAAUUCGGUGGAUUCACAAUACGGUGCGCCACCUAUCGAGUGGAAGCAGAUAGGCCAAUUUCUAACUGCGCAGGCUAGGCGCAGCCAGCGCAUAGUGCUGGUGUAAAGAUGCUUAAAAAAUGAAAACCAUAUGAUAAGCAGAGGAAGAAUUCACCGAAAACGGUCUAAAUUCCCAAAGAAAUCUGCAGCGAAAUUCUCUCUCACCUCCUAGACCCUGGUCGGUCAGCGCAUAAUCGCAUGCAUAUGCACUAGCGUGCUCAGCAGAUAAGUGUCGACUUAUUCCCAAGUGGAUUAAUUAAUUCAAACAGUUGGCUCCUUAAUGCUGUAAUCUUAAUUACAAGCAUGAAUUUUGCGCAAUGUGCAUUUAUUGGAAACUUUCUCAAUAUACACACUGAAUGAAGCGUAAUUAUUGUUUGAAAUCUGCAUAAACCAUUAUUUAAAACCACUGAUUCAAAUAGGGAGUCAUUUCGGGGCCCCCCUCUAUUGCAGAGAUCUGUCAGUAGCCCUUUAAGAUAAGAAUUCAGAUGGAUAACUCUGGACUGUUGUUAAUGGAAUGGGUUUUUUUUUAAUCCAAAUGAAAGGACUUGUUUAGAAGAUUUCACUAACUCAAUAAUUUUUAUCAUCAUUCUAAGAAACAGUUGGUGUGUGGUGUUGUAUUCAUUCAUUCAUCAAUUUCCAUGAUAACCAUACAUGUAGUAAUGCUUUCUCUUUAUUUUUUUACUUUAUUGCCUCUUGUUUUUAAUAGAUUAUUUUAAGCCCAUCUCGGCUAUUUGAAUAUUGGUUAUGACUUAUGAAUCAAAUCAUGUCAUGAAAAUGUGGCGUGGGCAGGAAUUGUACAGUUUUUGAUAGUACUAAGCAGUUUGCAUACAUUGUCUGAUGUAAAAUCAAACUUUUUAAAAUUAUCUGCAUAUUUAUUUUUUUCUUUUUAGAGCAAUUUUUUAUUAUCAUAAAUUGUGUAUAUCAUCUUUGGUAUGUUGUCUUUAUGUAUUCUUACGGGGCAUUCCAAGAAAAUUGUGAUCAAUUGCAAGUCUAUUGUUGGUCUUUAAUUGAAUCAUGUCUUGCCAUUGAUUAAAAUUUGUGAUGAUUGCUUAUCUGCUUAAAACAAGGAGCGUAUCUGAUUUGCUACAGUUAGAAUCGAUCUUAUCAACUGUAAAAUUACAACAGAAUAUUUGCAAUUGAUAGAAAACAUUUUCUUGCAACACCCCUUGUAUCGAUUUCUAAAUGCUUGCAUUUCAAAAGGAUUUGAAAAUAAUUUUUUUUGUAUACCGGUAUGAAAGUACCUUUCUCUUUUUCAUAUUUGUGAAGCACUGUAAAAUAUGCAUUCCCAGCACAUGUGUAUGUGUAGCUUCUGUACUCUAAGCAACUGUUAUUGUUAAACAGAAUCAAACUUUUCCUUUUUAAGACAUUUAGUAUAACAUCAAGCUAUGCGUAUUCCUAUUCACAUGUAGUUAUAGAUCCUUACUUAGGCUAUCUGUAUCUCAAUUAUGAAUAAUGUUACUCACGGCAUGUGUAUUAUUGAGUUCACACGGCUGGGAAGGGGAGGGGGGUUCAGGUGCCUUGGCCUCACCUGCUAAUCAGACCAUACUGCGUAUGCUUUUAAUUUACCCCGAAUUUAACCUGAAAGAGUGUGCUUCGGGUUGGUAUAAAUGCACAACAUAAUUAUCUGGUAUUUUUUAGCCUGAACAAGCUCUCAUGAUUUAAUGGGGUACUCUGGCACUCGAGGCGGUCUGAAUGGGGUUUGAUUACCUAAUGUGUAACUCUCACACAACUGUUUCAGUUUCUGUUCAUUUCAUGAUAUUUUGUUGUUGUUGAUUCUGUUUCAAAUACUGUCAGUACUUCAAGUUCCUCAUAACAUUGUAACCAUCUUGAUCCUCUAUUGUAUUCUAAAAUAUUCAAAUACUGUCAGUACUUCAAGUUCCUCAUAACAUUGUAACCAUCUUGAUCCUCUAUUGUAUUCUAAAGAAGCAGAAGACAAAGAAUUUGAUAUCAACAGUACUCUUUUUUUUU